UUGAUGAUUGAUUUGUGACGGUGCAAAUAAAGUUUAUUUUAAAAGUUUCAUUAAAGUGUUUGUUCUGACAAAUCCGUAAAACCAAACUAAAACUAGGUUCAUAUUACAAAAAAUAAAGGCUUCCCAAUCUUUUUUGAAGCAAUUAUCUGUGCCUGGGUAUUACAAUACAGACAAUGUUAGAGGUUUGUAUAGACAGUUUAGAAUCGGCGAUUAACGCAAUCCAUGGUGGUGCCGACGAGAUAGAAGUAUGUAGUUCUCUCACUGAGGGCGGACUUACCCCAUCACCAGGUUUAGUCAAGGAAAUAGUAGAAAUGGUGAAUAAUACAGCAGCCGGGAAACCAAUCCGUAAAUCAUGUCACGAUUGCGGUUGCGAUAAAUUAACGAAGAGGGCGAAAGUGAAUGUAAUGAUCAGAUGCCGUACGGGCUCCGACUUUCAUUAUUCGGAACAGGAGAUGGAUACAAUGUUAUCCGAUGUCGAAGUUUUCAAAGCUUAUGGUGUGGACAGAUUUGUUUUUGGGGCACUUACAGACUCUCAGGACAUAGAUGAGAAGAACUGCGAAAAGAUAAGAAAUAAGGCGGGUGGCAUCCCUCUUACGUUCCAUAGAGCCUUCGACGUCUGCACAGACCCUCUUUCUGCAGUCGAUAAAAUAGCUGCAUUACGUUUUAGUAGACUGCUAACGAGCGGGCAAAAAGCUUCUGCUAAUGAUAUCCAAGCUGUUCAACUUAUAAAGGUACUUAACAGUACUUUUGGUGACAAAAUAGAGAUUAUGCCGGGAGCCGGCGUGACUGUUGAGAAUGCAAAGAACUUUAUUGAUAUUGGCUGUAAAAUAGUUCACAGUUCAUGUAAACGAAUCAGAUAUUUGCCACAGAUUAAGAAUGGAUUAAGUAUGGGUACGAGUGAUAGUGAGCAUGUCUUUGUUACUGACGAGACUAUUGUUAAGAAGAUGAAAGAGGUCCUAAGUAUAAGUUGACCAUUCCAAACAUUGAUUAAUUAUCAGAAUCAAUAACGUUUGCAGAUGUAAGUAGAGUAUAAUUUGUAAUGAUACCACGUAAUAAAGAAUUUAUCGAAUCAAAUAAUGGUCGUCAUUAUAUAAUGUUGAACCCAGCUCAUCUAUGGCCCCAGGGCUUUGUUCCCGUGGUUCCUUUGUACUAAAUAGUCGAGAUUUAUUAUCUAGUGGCUUUAGGUAUGUAUCCAUAAUGGACCUGUUUCAAGCAUAAGUUAAACUUAACUGAUAUAGCAAUUAGUUAGGGCAUAUCGAUACCAUGAUGAUCGAGUGUUCGAAUGGUCACAAGUAGAAAAGAUUUGUUUUUAUUAAGUACAAUGGGAUCUAAAUCUAAAAUCUAA